CCCACAAUUCCCGUUGCCAGGGCGGCCAUAUUGGAUACUUUGCCGCUCCAGCUCGAGAAAGUUUUGGUCGGGUUUUUCUUGAUUUUAGUCGCUGUUUGGAAGACUUAGCGAUGUCAGACGAAGAGACAGAGAAACAAGAGAACACUUACGUCAUCCGACCGAAUUUCCAGCACAAGUUCCGACCAGCGGCAGUGAAAGAGUGUAUCCACAUUGUGCUGAAUGAAGAGCUGUCAGGGAAGGAGUAUGACGGGGAAGAAACAGCCGAGCUCUGCAAACGGCUCUCCAACGAGAUCAAGAAAAAACUCAAAGAGCUGCCGUACGACAGGUACAAGUUUGUUGUGCAGGUAGUCAUCGGGGAGCAGAAGGGAGAAGGCGUCAAAAUGGCCUGUAGAAGUUUUUGGGAUGCCGACACAGACAACUAUGCUCAGGACAUCUUCAUGAAUGACUCGUUGUUUUGUGUAGCAGCAGCCUUCGGUGUUUUCUACUACUGAUUCAGCAGCAGCUUCCAUCGUGCACAAAGGGGGGGGGGGGGGGUUGAGGGGGGCAGUUAACAGCACCAACCUGUCCUUGUGGGUUCCAUAUUGCUUUUAGGCUGUGUUA